AUGGAAUCUCAACCUUAUGAUGAUGUUCCACAAUGUACAUUUAAUGAGCAGGAUUUUAAUCGGCUCAGUAUAAUAUUGUCUCUCGAUAAACUUCAAGGUCCAAACAGCAGUUCGGGAAAUGAUUUCGAUACACACUUAUCGUCAUCUUUCCGAAGUUCUGAGGAUCCGUUUAAUAAAGAAGACGUCACUUCUUGUAGUCUUAAUGGGCAACCAACAGUAAUAUUUAUGCCUGAUGACCAUGUUAAUGAAGAAUUAUUUCCUGGCCAAGCCUUGGGCGUUAUACACUAUUUUGACGAACCAGUCAAUGAGGUGAUUAUUACUACAACUCCUCUUGACGUGGAUAAAAAUAACACGGAAGUAGUUGCUGAUAUACUAUCAGAGCCCAGUCUGGAUGAUUUAGAGGCUUUGACACCUGAUCAAAUUCAAAAUCUUAUCGAAGAAAUGAAGCAGCUUUCCGAAAAAGCCAGUUUAAAAAACAUUGAUGAAUUGAUUACAGAACGCAUAAUGGCUAUUAAAACUGAUCCACCAGCUAAUCUUCGUCUUCGGUAUAAAACUGAUGGUCCACGUCAAGUAGCAAAAUCUCUUACAAAUCCCAUGGAGAUUGAGAUACCAAAUUUAAAAAACAUUCAAUUAAACUCUGAUCAAACAUUCUUGAUUCGAUUGUUACUAGCUACAUGGACCGAAAAUCCAUCAGACGGAGUAUACCUUCAUCCAAAUAUAUCGGAAUAUCAUUCUGAUGAUGCAAUCGAAUUAACGGAUGGAACUAUUUGUGUUCGUUUAACUGCAGAUGAUAUUAAGAAAGGAAUCAAAGCAUUUCCACGUUUACAAAUAAUUAAAAGAAAGCUAGGAACAUAUAAACGUGAGUUAACGCCACUUAAUCUAUCCGGAAUUGCUAGUGAUAUAAAUGGUAAUAAAAUAGUUACGGUGAAGGAAGCUAAAAAGAUUUUUGAUCAAUAUAAUUUGAAAGCUAGUCGAAUCAUCUGCCAAUUGUUAAUCAAAGAAAAUGAAUCAUUCCAUUUUACAGAUAUUAUAUGUGCAACACAUAAAAUGGAAGAAACUCAGCAACCAAAAAAACGACCAAAAGAAUCAACUGAAGACGACGACGAAGAAAAAGAAAUCGGUGAACGUCCAAGUCGAUCAAAAUCGAAAUUAACAAAACGAAAGAAAAUUUCUCAUUAA